GAAGAAGUCAAAUUCAAAUUCAGAAAGCGACAAGACGGCGACCAGACAAGGUCAAUCCUGCUAGCUGAAACCCAAGAGGCCUGGCUUCUACCUUCUCGUCAUGCUGCAGCGUUAUGCCGGUUGUAUACGGCAUAUGAGUACACAGCUCAAUCCGCCCCUCCGACAAAGCACAUCGCCCACAGCAAUCCUGGGCCAUUCUUCAGCAGCGGCCCUCACGCGCCAACAGAUCCCUGGGCGGCCAGGCUUGCUUGCCUCCAAGAAAGGCAUGACGGGUCUCUGGGAUGAGGCAGGGAAGAAAGUCGCCGUGACGAUUUUGCAACUCGAUCGAGUUCAAGUCUUGCAAUGCAAAACAGAACAAAUACAUGGUUACAAUGCCGUUCAAGUGGGUUGUGGCUUGAGACAACCUCGGAAUGUCAAUCGCGCACAGCUGGGAGAGUUUGCAAAGAGCAAAGUGUUUCCCAAGGAGAAGGUUGCUGAAUUCAGAGUCUUGUCGCAUGAUGUACUCAAGGACAGCGAUGGCAAUGAGCAAUAUACACCAGCGACGCAACUGUUGGCAUCACACUUCUCAGAGGGUCAGUUUGUUGAUGUACGUGCAGUCAGCAAAGGAAAAGGAUUUGCUGGUGUCAUGAAGCGACAUGGUUUCAAAGGUCUACGUGCUUCACACGGUGUCAGUAUCUCUCACAGAUCAGCAGGAUCCAUGGGUCAGUCACAAGAUCCAGGUCGUGUCCUACCGGGCAAGAAGAUGGCCGGACGUAUGGGCGGCGAGCGUGUUACGGUACAAAAUGUCGAGGUGCUCAAAGUGGAUGAGGAGGCUGGCUUGAUCUACCUGCGUGGGCCAGUCCCUGGUCCCAAUAAGGCCUUUGUGAGGCUGCAAGAUGCCAUCAAGAAGCCAAUGCCGUAGUCUAGGUAAAUAUCUUCGCCUCUGUGACUGGCACUUUCCCUUCUACGCCAAAAUGAGCACACGACCAAAAGACGCGACGAAACAUUUCACCACGCCCACGCCCAACGGCGAUCGGUGCACGGGGCCUUCAUCGAGGCGUCGAUGGACCAUGAAGUCCAAGACUCGGCCGGCCUUCCAUUAUCCUUUCGCAUCCCCAUUAUCGCCGUCUUUGGCUUAUUUCUCUUUGCUGUAAACCUUUCCAUCUUGCAGUACACCGGAAUCCCCGUUGAGCGGCUUCUUGCGCCUGAGCAAGG